AUGGUUUCCAGUGGACAUGUCAGUCUAACCGCUGAGUUUGGAAUCAAGAGACUUUUAAGCCCGUUUCACACAGGAGAUGUGGACGCUCGUGUGGAGAUAACAUCGUCCACUGACCUGACGAGGAGUGUGAAGUCGGAGCUGUCUCUGGAGUCAGACGCUGACAGCUUUGUGGAGGUUGGUUGUCCUCAGUCACCGGACAGCCGCAGCUCGCCAGAAGUUGGAGGGUUCUCUCACAGCAGUUCUGAAUCCCUACACACCACAAGCACAUCCUUUAACGGCUGUUUGAGCUCGGAAGUCAGACGGUACCGUACAGCUUUCACCAGAGAGCAGAUUGUGCGACUGGAGAAGGAGUUCCGCAGGGAGAGUUAUGUUUCCAGACCAAGAAGGUGUGAGCUGUCCUCCGCUCUCAAUCUGCCCGAGACAACGAUUAAGGUGUGGUUUCAGAACCGGCGAAUGAAGGACAAGCGUCAGCGCGUGGCCAUGUCCUGGCCUCAUCCGUCUGACCCAAGCUUCUACACAUACAUGCUUGCCGGCGGCAUAACGUUCCCAUUCCAGCCUCACCUGCCUCUUCCCUAUUUCCCACACCUGGGCAUGACUGGGGCUGUAACACCAAUACACCCACUGGACUCUUUCCAUGCACUACCGCACCCUUACUCGCGCCCGGAACUUCUCGGUAGCCUCCAGCAUCCCAGUUUCCACCAGUCUCACAGAGGACUCGAGAGAUGCAUCCCAGCAGUGUCUGAAGUGGCCAGUGUGCCAUUAAACCACCACAGGCCAUGCUUGUGUCUUGGCUGCUACAGUAGUAGCCCUGGCCCUGGCCUCCUACACAAAAGGAGCAGCAGCUCAGAGUUCACAUGCCCAGUAGCAAACCAGCAGUCAGAUGCCAGAUCUCUCUACUCUGCGGCUGUCCUCAGUACGUCAUCGCAGGUCCCGAAAGAGGAGUCCCCGCUUACCAGAAAGGGAUUUCUGUAA